AUGGCACCAGAUUCCACCCACCUGGCUCAGGAAGAAACCCAUGAUAAAUCUUAUGAAACUGUUCUCAAAGACAUCAACGGCACCAUUUAUAACAAUGUCCAAGGAUUCCACGAGAAGUAUUUUCAGAAAAAACCUUGGUCGUCAAAGGCCGAACGCGUCGCCUGGACAGCGAGCCGGGGGCAGGGCAAUGAGCGACAGACACAAUUCCCUUCAACUCCAACCGGAAAAUCAUUUUUAGAAUGGUUCUCGGAGCUCAAGUCGAAAUCCUUUGGCGGCCGAAGCACAUUCUAUACAUCUUGGGACCAGCCCCCUCACGACCAGAAUCUACCGAGUGUUUUCCUGGUCCCCACUGGCCUCUCCAAGACCAGUAAUGAAUAUAGCUGGGCCGAUUUUCUGGUCGUUGCAGAAGUUAGUCGAGAUGCGAGCUCAUAUAGACAAUACUUUCUGCGACUCUGUGAGCACGCUCAGAAGGUAUUCAAGAGCCAGCCAACGCGCCGGUUUGUCCAUAGCUUUUACGUCCAUGGUUCAACGGCAGAGUUGUGGGUGUUUGAUCGGUCGGGGCCAUAUGGCUGCGAGGCAUUCGACAUUCGCAAAGAACUAGAUCGCUUCAUCAUAGUCACGGCCAGCUACACUGAAAUGAGCGAUGAGGAGCUAGGAAUAAACACUUUCAUCAAAAAAGACGAGCAGCGUCAAUACGUUAUGGUCAAGGGCGAGAAUAAGGCAGACAUGGAAAGAAUCUACUUGGAAGAUCAGCCAAUUGCCUUCGCACCUGAUAUUGUUAGCUCUGGAACGGCUGCUUAUCGUGCGAAGAGGAUCGAAUCAAAUGAAUGGGAAUUUGUGGUCAAAUUCACGUGGAGGUCGGAUCACGGCCUGCGAGAAGUUGAUAUGUUGAGAUUUAUCAAAGAAAGGAACGUUUGGGGUGUGGUGCAGCUAUUCGGGCACGUAGAUCUUGAUAGCAUUGAUAGACUACGUCGAGGGCUGGAGUUCAGUUCGCCACGGAUGGUUCCACCCAAAGUAUCCAAGUCUUCAGAUAAAACACAGUCUCCGGCCGACACCAGCAACCUUGCAGUGGGAGAUCAUGUUCAAAGCGUUAUCGAUAAAUGCGCUGCUGAAGCAAAAUUAGCUGGUCUGGAUGACAAAAAAGACUCGACAUUCGUGAAUCGUGUAUUCUCCUGUAUAGUUGUCCACCCCCCCGGUCGGGCAGUCGAUAAAUUCAAGUCGAUACCGGAGUUCUUGGGGGCAUUUAGCGAUAUUAUCAAGGGCCUUCGAUCACUUUACCAAGAUGGAAGAAUACUCCACCAGGAUGUUUCGAAAGGCAAUCUCAUGAUCACGGACGUCCAUAAAAGAGGUGAUCCUAGGGGAUUCUUGAUCGAUCUGGAGGCAGCAAAGUUGUUAGAUGAUACUGAUGCAAAGGAGGAAAUCACUGGAACGAAGUUGUUCAUGGCUAUUGGAGUCCUGAAAGCUAAACCGCACACCUACCGUCAUGAUCUCGAGUCUCUUUUCUACUGCCUGCUGUGGAUCGCGAGUACUCACGGUCUUGAAGGUUUGCCAAAGGAUAGCCUCUUUUACAGGUGGGUCCACGGAAGUUUCGACGACUGUGCACAAGAAAAGAGCAAUGACAUGGGCGAGAGCGAAUUCGAUCACAUCGUGUCAGGGUUUACUUCAGAGUUCAAGGGCCUUGCACUACUCGCUCGGGAGCUUCGAAACAUCAUGUUUCCAAACCAAGAUGAAUUACUUUUCAAGGGGUCGAACAACGUUUCUGAAAGCCCAGACAUAGUUUACAACCAAAUGAUUAAUGCGUUUGAAAGAACAAUAGAAGCUUAUGAGCAGUACUCUCAGGCGACGAAGUUGGCGUGA